GUGUUAGCUAAAGUAUCAGCAAAGAGCCUAUCAUCGACCGACUUUGAAUUGGCGACUUCAUCUUUCCAGCGUGUAUCACUCAUCGCCAUCUCAACAUCAUAAUGAUGUUCAAGGCUUAUCUAGUAGUGUGUUUCUUAGCAACAGCGGUGAACGCUCAGAGUAAUGUUCGUCUUGUCGAUGGUAUCACUCUAGGAGAAGGUAGGGUUGAGGUACUCUACAAUGGAGAAUGGGGAACUGUCUGCGAUGACUGGUUUCGAUUGGCUGAUGCCAACGUAGUCUGUGAGUCCCUUGGGCUUGGUGCUGCAACAUAUGCUUACCAGUAUGCUGUCUUUGGUCAGGGCACAGGAACCAUCGUUUUGGAUGGCGUCUCCUGCUCCGGUGACGAAACGAGUAUCUUUGACUGUGGGAAUUUGGCUCUUGGAACCUACAAACGUUACUGUGGUCGUUUCGAAGACGCAAGUGUACGAUGUGAAAACGGAGUACGACUGGUUGAUGGAAGCGAUGCAAGCGAAGGCAGAGUUGAGGUUUAUUACAAUGGAGCCUGGGGAACUGUCUGUGAUGACUCGUGGGAUGACACCGAUGCUGGAGUUGUCUGCCGAAGUCUCGGAUUCGAUUCUGGAACUGGGGUAGGAAGCGCUGAUUUCGGACAAGGUACAGGGGAUAUCCUCCUGGAUGACGUAUCAUGUACUGGAACCGAAAUCAAUCUUGGUGAUUGUUCUAAUGCUGGUUUCGGCGUCCAUAAUUGUGGGCACUCUGAAGAUGCCGGAGUCCGCUGUUCUGGGACAAAUUUUGAAGUUUAUGUAGUACGACUGGUUGAUGGAAGCGAUGCAAGCGAAGGCAGAGUUGAGGUUUAUAACAAUGGAGCCUGGGGAACUGUAUGUGAUGACUCAUGGGAUGACACCGAUGCUGGAGUUGUCUGCCGAAGUCUUGGAUUCGAUUCUGGAACUGGGGUAGGAAGGGCUGAAUUCGGACAAGGUACAGGGGAUAUCCUCCUGGAUGACGUAUCAUGUACUGGAACCGAAAUCAAUCUUGGUGAUUGUUCUAAUGCUGGUUUCGGCGUCCAUAACUGUAGGCACUCUGAGGAUGCCGGAGUCCGCUGUUCUGGGACAAAUUUGGAAGUUUUAGUAGUACGACUGGUUGAUGGAAGCGAUGAAAGCGAAGGAAGAGUUGAGGUUUAUAACAAUGGAACCUGGGGAACUGUAUGUGAUGACUCGUGGGAUGACACCGAUGCUGGAGUUGUCUGCCGAAGUCUUGGAUUCGAUUCUGGAACUGGGGUAGGAAACGCUGCAUUCGGAGAAGGAUCAAAAGAUAUCCUCCUGGAUGAUGUAUCAUGUACUGGAACCGAAACUAAUCUUGGUGAUUGUUCUAAUGCUGGUUUCGGCGUCCAUAACUGUGGGCACUCUGAAGAUGCCGGAGUCCGCUGUUCUGAGACAAAUUUGGAAGUUUUAUUAGUACGACUGGUUGAUGGAAGCGAUGAAAGCGAAGGAAGAGUUGAGAUUUAUAACAAUGGAACCUGGGGAACUGUCUGUGAUGACUCGUGGGAUGACACCGAUGCUGGAGUUGUCUGCCGAAGUCUUGGAUUCGCUUCGGGAACUGGGGUAGGAAGCCUUGCAUUCGGAGAAGGUUCGGGGGAUAUUCUCCUGGAUGAUGUAUCAUGUACUGGAACCGAAACCAAUCUUGGUUAUUGUUCUAAUGCUGGUUUCGGCGUCCAUAAUUGUAGGCACUCUGAAGAUGCCGGAGUCUUCUGUUUCGCUCAGACAGGAUCAGCAGAAUUACGACUGGUUAAUGGAGCCUGCAACAGAGAAGGCAGAGUUGAGAUUUUCUACGACGGAGUCUGGGGAACGAUUUGUGAUGACUUCUGGGAUGACACCGAUGCUGGAGUUGUCUGCAGAAGUCUUGGAUACAGCUCGGGAACUGCGGUAGGAAGCGCUGAAUUCGGACAAGGUUCAGGGCCUAUCAUAUUCGACGAUGUCGAGUGUUCCGCUGGAGAUACCGCUCUGGAGUAUUGUCCGAGCAAUGCUCCCUUCGAUAAUAACUGCUUGCACUUUGAAGAUGCCGGUGUCAGAUGCACCGCGUAAACACGAUGCUGAAAGGUCGUGUACACCUCGAGUGUAAUACAGUGACCCGAUUUAAAGUUGUUUGCCACUCUCUUCCAUCUAUACUCUUCUUCAUGUCACGAUGAUCAAGGAUUUAACUGUUAUCUAUAUCGAUUGCAUGUGUUAAGCUGGUAUUGUAAAACACAUUUAGGUAUAGCGUUCAUCUUUAAUGAUAGGGACCCGUUAUAAAGAGGCAAAAGUUGGCUUUGUGUAGUGCAAAGCUGUCUCAUUUUUUACCGGUUGCUCGUGCUUUUUAUAAUAAUUGAAUAGUCUUUUUUCAUAGAAGGUAGCUUAUAACGGUGUAAGUUAUAAAAAGCCAAACAGAUAGUAGAUGAUUCCAUUAACUGAAUAAAUACCAAGAACUACAUGAUCUUUUCUACUGACUGUGAUUGACAAUGAGAACAAAAUACGUCUUAUCACAAUGAUAUCGAAAUAACAUAUGGUAUGCAUUUAUAUAAUCAAUUGUAUUAAUCAGUCAUAAUGAAAGUCACAUUUUCAAAGAUGAUCAAUAUCGUUCAAGUGUCAUUGUGUAUUAUAAUAUCUUUAAGACAUAUAUUAUACAGAACGUCGAAUUAUAUGAUGACAUAUAAAUUAAUUAAUUCAAAUUAAAAGUAAAUUAAUUCUAACAUGUUUCCUACAUUUACUAGAUAUUCAAUUAUUAUAGUGGGGGGCGGAAAUUUCGAUAUUGAUCACCAUGUAUUUCAAAUCGUACUUUUCAAGUAUGAUGUUGAUAGAUAAUCAAAAUAUAAUGUGGAAUAAGGUUAUUUUUUAUUCGUUAAAUCUGGGGGUUAUUCGGCGGUAUAAAAAUGUUUCGUGUAGGACUGUUGGACCAUCAAGCUUUUUCACGCUUCCCUUCAAUUUGAUAAUCAUUAGUGGUAGGGGCUUCUAUCUGGAUCCAAAUUGAAAGUAUUCUUUGUUUUCUUUGGGAUUAAAGUCUUUCUGCAUUGGA